GCGAUUUAUCCCAGAAGAAAUAAGCGGGACCUUUUCACUUCUUCGCUAGAGCGGAUAUAACAGCCGCAGGUAACCCUUAGUCCACUUUCCAUGAGUUCUUUCGGCAGCCCGGGCUCAGGUCCAUACACCGGAAAGCCCAUCCCACCGCAACGCGGUAGCUUCCCGUUGGAUCACGAUGGCGAAUGCAAGGCCGUCAUGACCAAGUACCUAUCAUGUAUUAAAAAGGUGAAAGGCCUCAACGACGAAGAGUGUCGAAAUAUUGCCAAAUCUUAUCUAGCAUGCCGUAUGGAUAGGAAUCUUAUGGCGAAAGAUGACUUCAAAAAUCUCGGCUUCGCAUCAGAUCCGAACGCAAAUACAGCGCCAGGCUCGGAAGCCCAGGGACGGUAGUACGAAGGCAGCUGCAAGCAAUCGCUCAAUAGGCUCAUCGUAGUUUGGCCCGUACAGGGGAUAGAUAUAUUUGAGCCUCUGGGUUUUGAUAAUGAACCC